AUGACUGCUUAUAUCCAAAGACUCGAGGACUAUGAAUCUACCUUGAAUAUUGUUUACGAGGGAGAGACCGUGUCUAUACUGGAUCCUACGCUUCAAACCGCGAUAUUGACUGGUCUGGCCCAAGUCAACACGCCCCUUGAGCCGAUAUGUCCCUCUUCUCAUUGUGAAUAUCCCGACUUUUCCACUCUGGGGAUAUGCUCCUCCUGUGAAGAUGUGACAGAAGCAGCAACCCAGAUCUGCAGGCCAUUUUCGUUCAACGAGACCAGCAAUCUUAUGACUCUUUCUAUCAACUCAUCUGACACCUUUCGGUCUGUUCACGCCAAUUGCUCUUACAUGUCUCCAAGUGGACUCGUUCUUACUCCGGGAAUUGGCGUUACAUCAUGGGGUUCCAAGGACUCACAACUUGAGGUUUCCCGCAUAUACUUCAGUUCCGUCGCAAGGAAAGAUCCUACAACAAUCGGUUCCAUUUUCAUGGCCAAAUACAAAGAAAGGACUCUUUACACCCCUGAAAAUAUUACCGUCCCUGAACGGAAGCCUCCGAUGACUGAGUAUUCAAUGUCCCUGUGCGAAAGAGAAUAUAUACAGAGCCAUUUCUCAGGCACGGACCGUCCCCUUCAGCUUUCAAGGAGUCAGACACUGACUCCAAAGACCCCUAUAAGUUUCAUUGGACGACUCAGCUGGUCCCCAAGGAUACACGGACGACUUUUUCAAUUGAUGCAAGCUACAGCAUUGAUUCAUAUACCUGGAACAGCCUGCUCCAUACUAUGA